AUGUAUGGAGAAAAAGAAACUCCAGUUAGCACCCGAAAAAAAGAGGCAAUAUUCCUAACAACUAAAAGAAAGAUUAGUCCAAUUUCCUUUAACGUUCAGGAAGUUGAUAUAUACCCCCAAAAAUCUCUAAAACAUUUAGGAGUGUGGCUUGACACAAAACUUACUUAUAAAGAGCACAUUGAUAAAACAGUCGAAAAAGCGGAAAAAACCAUGACAGCCCUGGCAAGUCUCAUGCCCAAUACAAGGGGUCCGAGAGCUUCCAAAAGAAAAGUUCUUGUGAGUGUAAUACAUUCACAAUUGCUCUACGCCGCUCUUAUCUGGCAUAAAGCAAUCGAAAACAACAAACUUUCAAGGAAGCUGUACAGAAUACAGAAAGUCAUGGGGAUAAGGGUGUGCAGUGGGUAUCGCACUAUUUCAGCGGAAGGGGCCGGCGUAAUCGCGCACAUUCCUCCAAUAGAGUUUCUAGUUAAAGAAAGAAAAGAGAAGUACGAUGGCGCAGACCCAAAGCAUUGUGCAGAGAACCUGAUGCGAAGAUGGCAGGAAAGGUGGACUAAUGGGAAACAUGGAAGCUGGACUUGUUGA